UUGCCUCAGCAACAAGGUGUGUGCGUGCUCGUCUAUCAUCUAUUUUAAGCGCCAGUUCUACCUCCAACUUCGCGAGCUUCAACGCGAGUUUCUAGUAUAAUCUAGUCAAAGUUGAUUGAAACUGUGAACAGUGCGAACGGAUAUUGUGACUAUUUUGUGGACACUAGUUAUUAGUGAUGGAAAACGUGCAGACGUCUUGACCCUGUUCAAAAUUCCAAUUUUUGGAGUUGCAUUCAGCUGAAACCAGCAAAAAAUAUUUUACAAUAACAAUGUUGAAGUGGACCGUGGCGAAACGCGACGCGUUUCCACAUUUAGACACAGCGCGCCGCUCGUCGAUGGGCGGGUGUACUAACGCCGCCUCCGCGGCGUCCGUCGGCAGCGCGCAGAAAUCUAAACGCCGGCGAUCGUCCACCGGCCGGCGACGUUCUUCUACAGGUGGCAACCGCCGCCGCAAUUCCCUAUGUCUGGACCUUGACAAAGAAAAUCGCUUUACAUCUACUCCGAUCAAGGACGAGGCCUUCCAGGCAGAUGCCUUCCGGGACGUGAGCAACCUCACACCCAAGGACGCAUCUCGUUCCGCCCGCCGACGCUCUGACUGCAAAAAAUCCCUAUAUUCACCAAAGAAAAAGAAACCCUGCCUGGAAAAGGCGCAUAUUUCGGAAGACUUUCUUUUAAACCUGGAUAAUACCAAUUAUUUCAAACCGUUUGAGGCUGUAGAUUCGCAUAUUGAAGGUUCCUAUCACCCAGCAGCAAAUAAAGAUCCCAUUACGGUUGGAUUGACUGACUGCGGGUGCCAGUAUUCGAAAACUCCCGUCAGCAAACGCUACGCACCUACUUUACCAACAUUUGCGUUGGAUUACUCUCCAACUCCAGCCGUUUGCAAUACCAGCCUAUGCCAGCCAAAAAUUGAUCAUGUUAAUGAUUUUCUGCAAAGGAUAUCGUUGAUAACUUCUCCGGAAGAGUUAAAGUUGAGGUUACCAGGAUACCGGCCCAAACCGAUGGUUCCAAGUCAUAUUGUGGAAACGCCAAGUCUAGUCAAACGCUUCAUCGAUUCCAGGCGCUUUCCAACCCGCAACACCAACGCCAAUGAUUCCAGUUUCAUCAAUGAUCUUUCGCUGGAUAAAAUAGUAGACGCCAUAUUAGAUUCAUCAUCUUCAGAUCCCUCAGGGUCUGAAUCUUCACAGGGAGACCUACCUGAUAAUGGUGAGGAAGAAGAGAACGAGUGCAAUCGCACCAAGGAAGAGAAUUUCAUCAAUGAGCAACAAUGUCGUAGUAGUAACACAUCAGGUACCUCGCGGAUCUCAGGGAGUAGUGUUAUUACAACCUCAACAGACUCAGGCUUCAGAAGUUCCACAACGGAAAUUUCAAAUGAUACCUACAGUAUAUCUUCAAGAAAAACUACAAAAACAACAGAAGAAUUUGAAGAGAAAACAAUGAUUAAUCUUGAAGGUACCUUCAAUGAACGCUGCGUUGAUGUAUCCUCCAGAAAACGUCCAAGUAAUCAAUUUGAUUUAAAAAUUGAAGAACCUCAAUUGAAGAGGCAGAAAUGUAUCAGGCAGAAGAAAACAAAAAAGUUGAACAAUGAUGAGAAGGAGUCAGAAUCAGUCAAUGAUCAUUCAUUUGACUCGGAGGGUACGGAAGGCAUCGAGAUCGAAGAAGAAAAUGCUACUUAUGUGGUCACUAGUCCAGGAAUCAACAGAUCUAUCACAGUUACGAAGGAAUUACAGGAAUACCGAGGCACCAUUGAUUUGGACGUGCAAUACAAGCCUACUGAGAAUGAACUCUGUGUUUCAGUUUUUAGAUGUGCAGACCUAAGGCGCCAGAAUGGGCAGGCUGUAAACGCUUAUAUAAAGGUGGCAUUGGACGAGAGGUGCUCGGACGGCAGGAAGAAGCCCGGCGCCGACGGCAGCAAGCGCGGAGUUUCGUUGCAACGGACCGCCGUACAACCGGAAUCUACGGCACCGCUCUUUGGGCACACGUUCCGCGUGCCCUUGCAACACCAUCCGGACCCUGCGAUGCUCUACGUCGAAGCCUGGCAUCGGGAUCGCACUACAAGACGCAGUGAAUUUCUGGGAUGCGUGUCGUUUGCAAUAAAAGAUGCCCUUACAAAGAAUAUCAAAGGAACGUAUAGAUUAUUACCGCAAUGGUCGGACGCGUGUACGCCUAACAUCAACUUCAACAACAAUAACAACCAUUUGUCCUUGAGCCCAACGGUACACCCACCAACGGAGAAGAUGUCUGACUCACUGCAUACGAGCAUCGAUGAGCUGAUUGCCGGGGAGCAUGGCGUCGUCGACAGCGGCACCGACCAAAAAAAGAAUAAAGCCGCUCUUAGUGAACAACAAAGGGUAGCAGAUGAGAACCUAUUCUUGCGCUACCUUGAGUUGGACCCGAUGGAGGGCCCCGAGGCAGCACCGGCUUUGGCGCAGCGUAAAGCUUCCGGGAAUAAAACCACCGGAAGAACUCCGUUUACCAUGACAAGAGUGUUGCGUCGCGCGCCGAAGAGCGGGUUUGGGUUCAGCGUCGUGUGGACACAUCCUCCGCGGAUAGAAAGAGUGGAAAGGAAUCUACCCGCGGAUAAAGCCGGUAUUCAACCGGGGGAUUAUUUAAUUUUUGUUGACAAGCAUAAUGUUGUCAUGAUGCCCGAGAUUGAAAUUUUGGAUAUUAUUAGGUCCCAGGGUAAUACACUUACGCUAGAAACAUUCCGCCGUGAUGGAAACCGAAAUGGUUCUCUUCCACACGUAGAGAAACCCACUUUAACCCGAACAAUAGCCCAAAUUGAACGAUUAGAACGAACCGACAGCGUGAGCACCUCCUCAGUCUUGCCCCUGGGUAGCACCACUGCUCUGGCGCUGGGCAGCACCACCGGCCUACCCAUGAUGGCCUCAUCAAUGACCUCAGUGGCGGCUACUUCGGUACCGCACACGGCACCACGUAGGCCCUCCACCGUCUGCUCGACCAACACGGCAAGCGUCGAGUACAGCCGCAAGAAACUACACCUUCCACAAGUCACUUUCAGCUCGGAGCGACCGACGACUAGCGCGGAGGAGGCGCGACGGAAAGCGAUGUAUCAGCUCAUCGCCAGGGAGCAGCAAUAUUCCACCUCCAUGCAGUUUGCCAGCACACGCUACGUUCAAUCUCUUCUAGAAAGAAAAGACCUCAUUGCUCAACAGGAGCAUCGGACACUUUUUCAAAACUGUGACGAGUUAUUGAGAAUAUCUGAAGAAAUAAUUGAUCAUCUGAUACAAGUCGAUGGUGAUUACCAUACAGGGAGUCUGAUAAAGAUCUACGCCAGUAAACUGAAUGAGAUUGCAACGGCGUACAAGAGAUAUUGCUCUGGUAUCAAGAAGGCUGAUUGCGUGUUGGCGAAUUUAAUGAAAAACCCCGAGUUUUCUCGUUUUAUCACCACUCCGGCGAUACCACGCCGUCGGCCGGAUCUCACCGCAUUCAUUCAUAAGCCGCUGGAGCACUACAGGGAGAUUCUGAAACUAUUCAAUGUCAUCCAUGCCAAUACCAAGGCUAACCAAUCCGAUGAGUACAAUAUGGUUAAUCAUAUCGUACAUGAGUUACAAGUGAAUUACAGGGAAAUGACAUCACAAGCGGGUCUGAUGGAACCCGUGGGUGAAGGUCGGCCAUUGUUGUCCGUGCAGGAUUUGGAAACAAGAUUAGUUUUUACGAAAUGCAAGCCGUUUGUGUUAAGUAAACCCGGAAGACAAUGGAUUUUCGGUGGAGACUUAUCUCGAGUCGAGGGUAGGACCGUCAGACAGUAUUGGGCCCUGUUGUUUAGUGACAUCCUGCUUUUCGCGAAAGUGUCACGGGAUCGCGUGUUAUUCAUUUUGGAAGAACCACUGCCUCUAGCACAUAUUUCCGAUAUGUAUUUUAAUGUUCGGAAGAAAGAAAACGAAUUUCGCAUCAUUGUGGAACCUGGAGCUUCACCAGGCAAUCGCAACACGGCGGCAAGCAGCCCCACAGUGCACUGUGGGCCCGACCUAAGUCGAACACCUCGUAAAAACCCAAACAAACGCUGCAUCAUCCUGCGAACACCCACCGUAGAGCUCAAGGCAGUUUGGCAAAACUUAUUACAACGACAGAUCUUCCACAUAGGCGCUAGCGCCGGAGACGGCAGCGCGUACAGUAGCCCGUUGGAGUCGCCCGAAUGCUGCCAGCCGAUCACCGCGUCGGUGGUAACUCUGCAGUCGGCCGACUCGCUAUCGCGCCACCACCUGCACCACGCGCCACUGCAGCCGUCGACGCUGUCACGCCAGCAGCCGUCGUCGGGGCCGCUCGGCCAUCCGCAUCAUCAGGGCCGCACUUUGAACAACAAUAACAUAAAUCACAGCGAGAGCGAGACACGCAAACGUCUCGAUGAACUCAUCGAACACAAGUGCAAGCAGUUAGAGAAAUCCUCCAGCUCCAGUAAAAGCAACGCCAUUCAUCUGGAGCAAUGGAUGAAGGGUCAAUUCAAUGGCGACUCAACCAACAAUAACACAUUGAAAGAUCCAGAUGAUACAGACAACUACGAUGACUUUGACGAUGAAGAUGACAUCGAGACGUGGACAGAGGAUCAAAUCCGGAAACGAUCCGAAGAGUUGAAACUCAUUGAUCCCGGACCGACUACGACAAUGCACAUGAGAAGAACGGAAAGUAGAUGUGAGGAUCUCAUAGCUGAUGAUGAUCAAAGUCCUUCCAGAAGUACAAACACUACAGAGAGUCAGGUUACAGUACGCUCGAGCGCAGCUAUACCAGAAACCGUAUCAGUGUGUAAAAACUGUCAUCGAACUUGCUACAGCCAGGAGACACGCGUGCCCAUGGCAAAUGGCUACAAACCUCGAUCGGGGAUUGCUCCGCAAGCCAAGCAGGAGGAAGAUGAUGAUGACGACUGGCGUCCAUUGAUGUUGAUGGGUCUUAGUGCCGUCAACCCGGCAGCUUGUUUAGUUAAGUUAGACCCGUUUGCGAUGCCAUUGCCCAAAAUUGCCGUGCUACCUCCAACGCCAACGCCAACAUCUACUGAUCAAGCCCAAUACGCGGAACGACAAAGUGAACCUCGAGACUGUAACUGCAAUUGUUCAGCACCUGAUGUUAAAACCUUUGAAUUACCACUCAACAAGAGCUAUGAUAACUCCCCUGAUGAUUCUCCAGUGAACGAGGCUGAUGAGCAACCUUAUCAUUCUUUACACAGUUCAAAUUUAACCUUGAGAAGGUUUGGUACGGUCUCCAGCCUUGAAAGGGUAGGCAGUGAAGAAGAAGCUUACGAUUUGAAUUCAGAGAAUUCUGAGGAAAAUGAUAUCAAGACCACUGAUUUGACAGGGAUUGAUAAUGAAGGUUUUAAUAACACUCUGAUGACCUGGACUGCACGGGCGGGGAGUUUUGUUGCUGCAAAGAUGGCCUUCCUUGAAAAGCUUCCAGAAUAUCUUAAACAUGACAUGAUAAACGGCGAAGAUAUCCAAGAAGAAGAAACAAGUGGGGGAACAAGUGGAGAAGAAAUAUGGGGUACCCCUACAAGUGGUGGGGAAUUGGAUGAUCCCUUAAGUUCCCCACAAGAUUAUGACCAUCAAUCCCCAAAUGGAGGGUCUUUAUCUUCAAAUGAAGAUACUGAGUUGAUGAUGGAUGAACUCCUGAUGACCCCACCUGUGACCAGUUCAAAUAUUCGAGGUUUGCUCCCAAGGAGGACUCUGGAACCUUUAAUGGAGGAAGAGUUCUCGGAUACCUAUACAACUUCGGAGUCAUCUGCGUCUUCUUCACCCACACCUACGGAACCAUCCGUUUCUCCCGAGCAGGGCAGCGGAACUGGCGGUGCUGCUGACGAAUGUUGGUCUGCUGCCGCGACACCGUUGCCGCCGUCUUCGACUACAAGCGUGCGGGCGGCAAGCGGCGGCGUGCCGAGAAGUUCAAGCGGAUCCGGUACGCGGCUGGGGAUAGCAUCGCUUCGAUCGACUGCUACGAUACCGCCAGCGAGUGCGCGCACUUCUAUCGCGAAGGCGGCGAGCACGUUGGCGGCGGUGCGCCGCUUGCAAUGCAGCUCGAGCAACCAAGGCUGCGACAACAACUUGCCGGUAGUUACCAACAGCGGUGUUACCAGUCCGGUAAUGGAACCGGCGGCGGUGGUAGCGGCAACGGACGCGCCACUCACGCCGAUAUCCAUCAAACGCUCGGACAGUUAUCAGAAGAUUAUCGAGGCGGCGGACGACAGCGUGGGGUUCUUCACGCGUUUCCGCAAUCGGCCCAGCAUGAAGUAUCUAAAUAUUGAACGGAUUCCUCCUACCAAAGGGGUUAAAUUCUUGGAAUUCUUCAACGUGCGAAGAGAGCGUAAGAUCUACGAAACCUUCCCAGGAGGAAAACAUCUCAUCAAGGUCUUCAGUCGCGAGGGGGAUGACUCGGACGAUGUCCCCACUUCUUAUUCGGAGAAUCCUGAACUUCAACAACGUAUCAAGCAAGAACGUCAAUUAGAUCGUCGUUUCUGGAAGCAGCUGAGCAAACGUCGCAAUUCGAACUCUCCCAACCGCCAAACGAACUCGACCACAUCGAGCAACUUCUCACCGUCUCCGGUGCUCCCCUCGAACAAGCACCAAGUCGUCUCGGAGAAAACGAAACAUGUGCAACCACUAUCGGCCUAGUCUUGUAACACUGUAUAAAAAUCGUCACUACACGCAAAAGUAUUACUAGUUUACUAAAUCUAAACAAAUCUAAAACAAGCAAAAAUUACUAAUUACCUAAACUCACACAAGGAGAAUAACAAAGAUACACAUAUAACUAGUUAACUAUUGAUUAAGGAAUUUUAAAAACGAAUUUGCCUUGUAUUUAUAGCAAAACACUUAUUAUGCCAUCAUUACCUUUAAAUUAACUUUUAAUCAAUUCUAGCAAUUAAAACCAUGGAGUCCAAUAUGAAACCACGAUCAAAUCAUAUUUCGAAUCAAAACAUUAUUCAACCAAACAAACGUAUUGUAUACCAAAUAAGACGAGACUAACGAGUCAAUCAAUUAUUAUUAUUAUUAAUAUUAUUACUAGUUUAGAUGCGUGAGUGAGACAAGAUUCAGCAAAGAAAGCCGAAUCUUGGCCUUUCGUAUUUGUUAACAUGUUAACAUUGUCAUUUGUAGUGUAACGUUAAGGGGAAACGAGUGAAACAUUCAUCCGUCACAAUUUUCUUGUGAUAUAAACUUGAAAACAAAGAAAACAAACAAAAAACUUGCUAAAUACAUUUCUGUUAUAUAUUGA